GUCACCGGGGGGCGCUGCUGACUGGUCUUCCCACCGGCCGCGGAGGGGAGGCGAUGUACGGUGCAGUGCCGAAGGUUCAGCGGGGUAAGGGCCGGGUUUGGUGCUGUGACUCCUUAAGUUAAUUGGCGCUCGGACCAGACGCCGACAAGAUGCCGCUGGGUUUAAAGCCAUCGUGCAGCGUAUGCAAGGCCAACUCGUCGGCCAUGUGGAGGAAGAGCAGCCAGGGUGACAUCGUCUGCAACAACUGCGCCGGGAAAAGCCCCGGGCCCGGCUCGGCCUCAGCACCUGGAGUGGCUCCGCCAGCGCAGCAGAGCAACGGCGGUGGGAAGCAGGCAAAGCAAGAAAUUCACAGACGAUCUGCAAGGUUGCGGAACACAAAAUACAGGUCUAUGCCUCCCACUGAGAAAAAAGUUUCUACCAAAGGAAAGGGCCGUAGGCAUAUAUUCAAAUUAAAAAAUCCAAUUAAAGCACCAGAGUCUGUAUCUACAAUAAUCACAUCUGAAUCUAUUUUCUAUGGGGGUAUAUAUUACCAGGUUGGAGACGUAGUCUCUGUAGUGGACGAGGAUGAUGAAAAGAUUUACUAUGCCCAGAUAAGAGGGUUUGUACAAGAUCAAUAUUGUGAAAAGAGUGCAGUGAUUACGUGGCUCAUUCCAACUCAGGCAAGCUCUAGGGAACAGUUUGACGCAUCAACUUAUAUACUUGGACCAGAAGAAGACUUGCCAAGAAAAAUGGAACAUUUUGAGUUUGUCUGCCACGCACCUUCUGAAUACUUCAAAUCACGAUCUACUCCUUUUCCAGUUAUUCCAACCAGACCUGAGAAAGGGUAUAUCUGGACCCGUGUUGGACCAACUCCUGCAAUAGCCGUGAGGGAAUCGAUUGCAAACUGUUUAUAGCAAGAAUGCCAAAUGUUUAUUAAAAUGUACAUUUUUAUCAUUACAGUGGAUUCUGGUUAAUUGAGAUUCAUCGGGGCCAGUACAUUUUGGUCCAACUAAGCAGUUGCAAGUAUUAACGGAAGUUUCACAGAAGUAGUUACAAAGGUAUUAAAGAAAAAGGCAAGCUGAAGUUUAACUGAAUAACAAAUUAUGUACUUGUGAAAUACAGAAGAAAUUAGAACACUACAAAUGCUACCACAGCACUAUAAAAGUAUGUAUUAGUUAACGACAGAGGAAUUUAUACAGUGUACACUGCCAUGUUCUUUCGAUUGACUGUAAAUGAACAAAAUCAGUGCAGAAAUACAAGAAAAUCUGCAGGUGCUGGAAAUCCAAAGUAACACACACAAAAUGCUGGAGGAAUUCAGCAGGCCAGGCUGCAUCUAUGGAAAAGAGUAAACAGUUGAUGUUUCAGACAAGACACUUUGUCAAGACCGGAAAGGAAGGGGAGAAGGCAGAAUAAUAAAGUGGGGGGAAGGGAGGAAGAAGGAGGUGGUAGGCGAUGGGUGAUGAUGGAAGGAGUGAAGUCAAGAGCUGGGAAGUUGAUUGGUGAAAGAGAUAAAGGACUGGAGAAGCAGGAAUCGGAUAGGAGAGGACAGAAGACCAUGGAAGAACGGGAGGGGGAGGAGCACCAGAGGGAGGUGAUGAACCUGAGAGAGGGAAACAGGAAUGGGAAAUGGUGAAGGAGAGGAGUGGGGGCAAUCACCAUAAUUUCGAGAAAUCGAUGUUCAUGUCAUCAGGUUGUAGGCUACCCAGAUGAAAUAUAUGGUGUUGCUCCUCCAACCUGAUCCUGGCAGUAGAGGAGGCCAUGGACCAAACACCAGGUGCUGAUAAUGGAUUGCCUUCAUACAAUGCUUUUAACAACUGCAUCCUCCAAAUCUUCAUUUUCCUUGUAAUAUUGAAAGUGAUUGUUGAUACCUUCAGAUUCUUCAUUGUCCUAAGUUGUUGAAGUCGUGAAAUCAUUUUACUCCUGGCCACUUUUGGCAUCUCAAAGCCUAAAUGUUUGAAAUCACAUUGAGCAAAACAGUUCUGAAUUGUCUUGCUGCUUACUUCUCGCCAAAUAUCAAUGACAAAAAUCACUGCUUUCUGAACAUAAAUGCACGCCGCUGACGCUAUUUAAAAAGCUGUUUGCUCUAAGCAUGGUAUAAUGCCUAACGGUCUCAUAAGUGCUUGCAACUGACACUGGUUGGAAACUGUCUGGCAGUAACCUCCUGUCCCAAUUAAGUGGCAUAGUGUUCCAAAUAAACAAAGGGAAUCCCAGCUAUUUUCUUGAUUGUUUUUUGUUAUUAAAAAGUUAUACCAAAUAAGCUGCUUCCCUGAUUAACCAAUGGCCAAUUAAUCGGAAUCAAUUGUAUCAAUUUUGCUGGGAUGGACUGUUACAAACUGAAAUAUUACUCAUGCUCAUUGCAAUACUUUGAGGGUUCAGAGCUAUUUUGACCCAAAAUUCUUCAACAGAAUACAUCUCUUAGAUUGUGAAAAUCAAUAUAGACAAAACUUAUUUUUGACAUAAGGCUGUUGUAACUUUUGCAGAAGCUAUUUGUGGUCUUUUUUAAAUAUAAAUGAGGUGCUUUAUUUGUAUAGUACUGAAGAUAUUCAUUGGAACCUUGUGUUACUUCAACCAAAUAAAGGGGCCAGCUACAUGUUCAAUCCUUCAGAAACUGAUUUUCAGAUUGCAUUAUUAAGAAUCUGGUUUUGUACAGGUGUAAAAAUUGUUUUUGAAAACCAUCUAUAGAGAAAAUCCAUAUUGUGCUGUUUUGUCUGUCAUAUUGGCCAUGUCAGGUACUAUGUAGAUACUAUUGUUCAGAUGUGAUUCUAUUUAAAUAAAAUUAACAUCUUGUUAAAGUUUCUUAAGCUCUUCUUUGUGGCU